AUGAGGGACAUCGAAGACAUCACCCUAGAGAAGAACUCCCCCGGCUCCUUCCAGGAAAUGUGCCUCUCUCAUGGCCAGGGGUUGGAGGGUAUCCGAGCCUGUGCCACGCGGAGGCUUCUCAGUCUCAUCCGGGCAGAUGGCAUCCCCGGGCCGCUGGGCGAGGAGGUACUUAGCGCCGCGGCUCCUCCGAGGGGCGGCCGGGCAGCGAGCAGCGGCCGAGCAGACGGGGUGAGCCAGGGGCGCGCGCGGGGCGCCCAGCACUGCGCCGGGAAAGCCCGCAGCCUCUGUCCCGAACUUGGCCGCGCGGGGCGGCGGACUCGGAGGAUUCAGAACCCGGAGCGUGGCAGCCGCGGGCGCCCGGGAGGAGGAGGAGGAGGAGUAGGAGGCGGGCGGGCGGGUGCGCAGCGUGAAGAGACAGCCUCGGCGGUGCCCGGCUCGGAGGCAGGUGAGUUCCUGAUCCAGGCGUCCCGCACCCGUUUUCCGUCCCCAGGGCUCCCCGCUCCCGCCCGAGCCGCUGGUGUCUGCGGAAGGCUUGGGCUUUGCUGCGCGUCCCAACUUGGUUCGAGCGGCCUCGUUAUCCACCUAGCGGGCGGCCCCGGGCCCAGGGCUCAGGUCCUGAGGGUCUGCGCGCCCUUCCCGCUCCAACUUUGCAGGGACCCCAAUCCCUCCCCAGCCACGCUAGGCUCCGAGCUGCGCGCCGGCGGUAAUGGCGGAGCCCUUGGCACCGCUCGCUACCCUCCCGCGGGCAGCCCGGGCCGGGGGAUGCCAGUCCCUGGAGACCGUUGCACCUGCCCAAGCUCAACUUUACACCUUCCUCGGUGCCCAACUCUGCGGCCAAAUCGCUGCUGCGAACCGCGGAUAAUGGCGGAGUCUUUGGCACCGGCAGCCGUCCGCGAUUGGCGGCCCGAGGCUGGGAGGGCUCCGCUCCCCAAACCUCGCUCCGGCCUGGCCUCCAACUUUGCGAAGAGCCUCGUCGCGCUCUCCUCCCGCGGUCACGGCGGGGCCGCCCGUACCUCUCACUUUUUCCAUCUGGGCGGGAUUGGGGUGUAGGAGCGCCGUCUCCAGAACCUGGGAAAGUUGUGCCUCUCCUGCGAAGGAGGCUCUAGGGCUCACCGUGUGUCCACCAGGAGGCCGAGGGGCGCGCUCCGCCGCGGUUUGGGGCUGGGCAGUGGAAGGAGCGCACGAUGAGGUUGCCUCCAGGUGGCCAAGGGUCGGAGCAGGGUCCCCGGGGCAUCCAACUCCCAGGGCCACUCAGGGGCGCUUGAGUCCGAGGUCCCGGAAGGGGCUCUCUCAGGACUGCGCCCCAGAGGACGCCAGACGCUCGCCUCCACCCCCAGGUCACUGUGACCAGAGAGAGCUCGUGGCUUUCCAAGCUCUGCAUCAGGCUAUCUGGGGUAGACAUCCGGAGAGGAGAGGCUUUCACGGAGAAGGCAGCCGAGGAGGGCAGGAACCUUUCCAGUGACUCCCAGGGUUUGUGGUCCUAGAUCUACCAUUACUUGUUGCGUGACCUUCGGUAAGUCUCUCCAUCUUUCCCAGCCUCAGUUUCUCAUCUGUGAAAUGGAGAAACAGUACCUUUUUAUGGGAUUGUCGUGAGGACGUUAAAAAACCAUAAAUGUGAAUAUGAAGUCAGGGUAAGUGUUCAUAACGCUGAAAGUGUUGCUGAUACUUUAUUAUUAUUGUAAUGCUCUGGGACCGGAUCUGGGAGACUCACACGCUUGUCUAGGGCUUCCCGCCAGUAGGAACUAGGGGGUCCACCCCGCAGGGUACUACGGGCUGCAGAAGGUUGCGCUCGCCUCCAUCUCUACCCCGGUAAUCCUGGGGAAGACGCAUGGGGUUCUUUCCUCUCCUCCCGUAGCCCAGCUCAAACCCUGUGUUCAGGCCUAAGAAAAGCGCGCACGCAGCCACCACGGAGCGGGGAGGUCCCCAUGGACGCUGCUAGGCUAGGGUGCAGUGCGGGCGAGCGCGCCCCUAGAUGCAUAAUCUGACCUCUGGCGGUCCAGGACCGUGAGAGACAGGAGAAAGGACCCCCUAGACCGCUCCUCCCGAGAGGAAUGAGGGAAAACGUUUCCCAUUCUUCAGUGCUUCUCUAACUAGGGUCGGGGCAAAAGCAAGAAAUUCGCAAACACACCAGGAACAUUGACGCAGCUCUCUGGAGCGUGGAUUUUCCCCCGUUAUUUUUUAGGAACUGAAGAUAAAAUAGGAAAGGGACUCUAGCGGCAGCUCCCCAAGCGCUCAGGGGUCGCGUCCAUUCUCCGCCCUCAAGGCAUCUCAGCGGAUGGUUUGAGAAGCCUCCGCAGGUUUCUGAAGAAGGGGUCUCUGCCUCACCAACAAAGCUACAGCUGCCCAGGCCCCUUUCCACUAGCCUGGGUCUCAGAAGCGCCCUGAGGGGCGCACAGCUCUGUCACUGACACUGACAGCUCCAAGGCACUGUCAAUAUUAUUCACCUGGAGCUUCCUAACAACUCCCAGCUUGCCAGUGCAGCCAUCUGAAUCCCAUUUGGCAGGUGCAGAAACUGAGGUGGGGCAAACCAAGCUACCUGCUCAUAGUCACCUAGCUGGUAAGUGGCGCUACCCAAGAACUCAACCCCAAUUUUUGGCUUCUUAAUUAGGGGCUGUUUGCAUGCAUCUGGGCACCUGCGCAGUCUGACAGGUACCCGAGCCUUGGCACACACAGCUGCAUUUCCCGAUAUAUCUGUUCAGCCAGAGGCCACCCCUAUGGUCAGGGGCAUGGCUGUGUCUCUACAAAUUGUGUGUGUGUGUGUUUUCCCAAAGUUCCAGAUCCUGUAGAGAAAGAGUAUGGUAGAGAGACCUGGUGAAGACCUUGGCUUGAGGCCAAGCUUAGCUCACUCCAUGGCUGUGUGACCUCAGGUUGAUCACUUAACCUUCCUGAGCAUCAGUUCUAUUAUUUGUAAAAUGAGAAUAGUAACUCCCAUACGGGGAAGUUUGUGAUUACGUAUGUGAAAAGUGUUCUGAAAACAACGAUGUUAUGCCAAGAUUGGUGAUUUGAAGGAAGGAAGGGAACCCUAAACAGAGGGAAGAGUA